AUGCUGAAUACCGAGUGCCGGUACGAAUACCGAGAUGAGACUGGAUCGGGUAUAUGUCCUGCUGAUCUCUUGGCACUACCCACGCCGUCUCUAAUUGGCACUAUCCAUGCCGUCCCUGUGUCCCUUGCCUCUCACCAUCACCAUCUUUCAUCGUUCAGUUCUCAUACAGAUCUCAGUAUCAUGCAACGACUACACGAGCUUCCUGCCGACAUAGUCAGCGACAUCUAUUCUAUGGCUGCACUCAUCGACUCGCCCACGAACAAGCUUGCUUACCCUCUCCAGGGCAUGUCCGUAGCUGGAAGGCGAAAGAAGCCCGAGACAACCGUCGUCUCGCUUGGGUGGAUCACUCUGACCCAUAUCUGUCGAUACUGGAGACAUGUCGGACUCGACAUGGCUCCUUUGUGGGCUGGCGUUAUAUGCGUAUUUCCGGCCGCCUUCGAGGUCCUCGUAACGCGCACAAGAGGCGCACCGCUGUCAUUUGACUUCCGAUUCGCGGGUAGCGAGCUCCGAAGAGACUACGCUGUAGAACAUCUCAACAACGUACAGUCCAUUGUCGACUUUGGGAGGUCGAACGGGAUCUUCUGGGCUGAACAGCUCGCCGGUCACAGCCUGCCUCGCUUGAAGAAGCUUGAACUCUUGCUAGACGAUACGGGGGAGUGGUCUUCUUUGGAAGUGAAGGAUCAAGAAGCUCUACAUGCGCCAGCUUUGCAACAUCUGACACUUAGCCACGGACUCUUCUUCCCCUUCAUUUCCCCUUCUUUAACCGGCCUUGCCCUCUCGGCUUCCGACUUCCGCCCGACCAAAGGUCUCACAACGAUCUCAGAACUACUGUAUCUACUACAGUCCAUGCCUCUCUUGUCCAACUUGAGGCUCGACCAUAUCCUCGCAUUCGCUGCACCGGAUGAAGCGCAAGGCUCGGACGAUUCUGUCGAUCUACCGUGCUUGACCUCGCUAUAUUACGCGGGUCACGAGGAUCAGUUCAUCGCGCUCUGGAAACGAUUGAAAGUCCCCUUAGACCUCUCUCUCUCGGUUCGACUUCGCAAGCCUCGCAAGAACAACAUGAACAGUAUCAUCCGCACUCUUUCUCAACAUUUUCACAAUCCGCACUUCGACACGGUGUUCAUGAGCGACAUUGAUUACUGGCAGAACGAGACGGAGCUCACCUUGACGAGCGGUGCAUCGGACGCACCACGGGUCUCUAUUCAAUCUUAUCACGUCAAUGGCAUCGACGACUCGAAGCCCGAGCAUGUCAGUUCGCUAUUGAAGAGGAUCAGACCACACUUAAACUCGGCCGAGUCCAUGCGCCAUUUCCGAUUUCGCGGCGCAUUCCGCUAUGAACAGAACUCAACUCCUCAGAGCCUGGCCCGAGUGAUAGACCCGCUCAGGCAUUUCACGGCCGUCUCGCAAGUGAACAUCGAGCAGAUGGACGCCAUGCUCCUGUCGGCGGUCGGGAAUGGGGAGGCCGGUUAUCUCUUUCCGACCCUACACACACUUUCCAUGACGUUUGCGAGAGAGGAAUGGGGAUGGACGAGCUCUACUCUCAGAGGGAUCUGGGGCACACUUCUGGCCGCUUUGGAGGCACGCAGUGAAGGCGGAUACCAAGUAACGUGUCUGCUCCUGGUUGGAUCGCGGCCGGCAGAGCAAGCUCUGGCUCAGGACGACGAGAAGUGGAAGGCGAAGGCGGGCGUGCACGUGAAAGACGUAUUAGAUGAGCGUGUAUAUCAGUAG